UGAAUAUACCCUUAAUAAUUUAUUACUGAAACUAAGUAUACUUUAUUCUAACAUUAACAAAUUAUUUCAUUGUUUCACAAAAGGUUUUGUCCUCGUAGUAAUGAAUUCUUCUCUUGUAUGGUAUGGUGCGUAAGGGUCAUCAACAUAGUACUUUGGCUUCUUCCAAAACUUUGUCACCAUUUUAUCUAACAUUGUGCUCUGGGUAGAGUUGCAGAAGACAUGUUGCCUCAAUCUUCUCUUUUGUGAAGAGGAUUUUUUCCACAUUUUCUUAUUCCUGCCCACCUUAGUCCUUAUCCAUCCUCCCCAAUGUAAACGGAAGAAUCGUCGUACUGCUGCCUUCACUGUCUUCCUUUUACCCUUAUGUAAACUGAAUUUUGUAACAGUUCUAACAGGGACAACACUCAAAUUCGAUGAUAUAUCCAAAAUCUGUGUAUUAUUCAACAACGAAUUUUGUUUGAUACAUGUGUGAAUGGGCGUCCUUAAGUUUUGAAUAGUAGCAUAGUUCCUCGAACUGCUACUAAUAAUAUUGGCUGCAUUCAAAUACGAAAUCGAAAGAGGCCGUAUACUCCGAACAGCAGAAAUCGCCAAACGAAACAUUUUAGGAAAACACAACCAUCGAUCAACCAAAACCCAAUUUUAUUUUUAGAUAUAAUCGACUAAUGUUUACAAAAUGAAUCUGCCUAAGAAACUGACCUACGACAAAAACCGUCUAUUCUCAGUGGUCGCAAUUCUGUAGUCUCUGAAUUUUGACAGCCCAAGUGGAAAGAGAUUCGUGCCGAAAAAUGUAUAAAUUUACGAACCAUUUAACUAAUGCUAAAUUAGUAUUGGUACGGCGGCAUGUGGGCGAAAGUUCCUGUGCUGCCCUAAUAGUAAUGCGGGCUCCACACCGACAAUAUGCAACGAAGGACAAAUGUGAUGCAGCCCCAAAGCGACCAAAAUCCACAAAGCUAUUUUGGGGAGCUAUAGGUGCCACUGUACUUACUGGAGCGUCUAUUGUCUAUGCUAAGAACAGUCCAGAUGCUCGCAACUGGCUAGAGUCAAACAUCCCUUGGGCAAACGACGUCGUAGCUCUAGUUUACCAGGAGAACACCACCUAUUGGAAGGCAGCCACCAACCAAUUCAACAGGACCACCACUUAUCUCAGUCAUUUCAUGUUCGGAAAGGAAGGCGUUACUCCACCAGAAGUAUGCUCAAGAUCCGAACAAGAUAUUGAAAAGGAUGCUGCGAUAAAAUUCGCCAAGAAAACGUAUCAAUUGCCACCGCCGGUAAUCGAACCCUUGUACGUCGAGGAAAAGGUUGUGACUACACCGCAAAUUGAAAGUAAAGCAACUUUGGUUCAAACUGACAAAUGCGAGCCUCAGACGGCUCAAGAAGUGAAGAUUACUAAGGAUAUGGUGGAACUUGAGCAAGAAAUGCACGAGAACACGAAGAUCGCCAUAGACAACUAUAAACUGGCGACACAGUACUGUGCUGACUACAAUAAGGCUUUGUUCAAGAUCAUAGAAGCGUCCUUGGAUGAUUUGGAUAAGAAAUACUUCAAUGGACUGCAAGGUCUACAACAACAGAUGCACAAUGCACAUGUAAAGGCUAAAGCAGCCUCUGCUAAAGCCAAAUGUGCUAUUGAAAACCUAGACCGUAUGAUCAAGACUGGCAUGAAGGCUCCGCCAGAAAGCCAGGCUACAACCAAGCGUUACAUCAAGCAGUUCCGCGCAGACCUCACACAAGCCGAGAAGAAUUUCAGUGCAGAACAGGAGAAAUCUGUAAUCAGCGACAAGUAUUGGAAUAAGGUAGAGGCGGCUCGUACCAUGUUCAAGGACGAGCUACAGGCGCUGUUUCCCGGCCUCGACCUUAGUGCACGCAAACUGAAUAUACGCGGAGAUACUGACGUACUACUUGUCUACGCUCUGAAGAGGAUACAAUUUCUGCAGAAUCAAUUGGCAGAGGCUCAGACGAUUCGCGACCUUAAGAUCAACAGGGCUAUCGAAUGUCAUGACGAGAAAGCAAUAAUUGAAGCUAAAGCCGAAGACAUCAUUAUGGCAGAGAGGAUGGUCAGAGAAACUGAAUUUAUGAAGAAGAGCAUGUUGAUCCAAGCGGAAGCUAACAGGCAGACUAAAGAAGCUCUUAAGAAACAGCUGGAAAUCCAACAAGAAGUCAUGCAUGACAGAAUUGCUAAGAAGGAGAAAGAGGUAAAAAUAUUCUUUAUUUUUCUACCACUGUACUUCCAGACAGGGCCACAGUGCCAAAUUAAAAGUACCCUUAACCGACAAGCAUGCAUAAAAAGACUGAUGCCUGUUGAGGAAGCCAUAGAGAUGAUGGCUAACUUCAACCGCGCGGUGUCCGAGCAAGUUGAGGCCGAGCGAGUGGAGUUCAAGAAGGAACUAGCCGCCAUGGCAGGCAAGCUUAAAGCUAUUGAACAGACCUUGAAACAGCGCGCGGCGGCGGAGGCGGAGGCGCGGCGGUCGCAGUCGCUGUGGGCGGCCGCCGAGGCGCUGCUGGCCGCCACGCGCCGCCCCGCCGCGCACGCCAAGGUCGACAACGAGCUCACCGCACUCGCCAAGGCUGGCAAGGACGACAAGCUGGUGGAGUCAGUACUUAAGGGCAUUCCCGCAGAUGUUCGCGAAAAGGGAAUCGCUACCGAGAAGUCGUUACGGGACAGGUUUGAAACGCUGGAGAAGACGGCAAUGAAAGUGGCUCUAGUUGGACGCGAGGGAGCCAGUCUGCCCGUCUACUUCCUAUCCUGGGUGCAAUCACUGUUGCUCUUCAAGCAAUUCGCUGAGAUCCCCCAGGAAGAGUUGGAGAACCAGCCUACGGACUUCACUAAGUUAGACACCUUCGACAUCAUACAUCGGGCGAGGUACCACAUGGACCACGGCAACCUGCCGGCGGCGCUGCGCUACGUGAACCUGCUGCAGGGCGCGCCGCGCGCCGCCGCCAAGCCGUGGCUCGACGCCGCGCGCACGCACCUCGAGAUACGACAGGCGGCUGAAGCCGUCAUGGCGCACGCCUCCGUCUCAGGACUACUAUACCUAUAAACAAUACAUAAAGCACGUGAAUUUUGUUCCCAAACUCUCGGGUACUACCUAGUAAUCAACUAAAACAUACUUUUAAAUUAUCAUCGUCAGCUUAAGUGCUCAAAAGAUCUCUUCUUAUCUUUAUCCCUUCUCACACGGACAAGGUUCGAGCAUUAAUCACAACGCUUGCUCAAAGUGGAUCGGUGAUUUCAAAUUCUCUAUAAAUUCACAAUAAAUAAUUAUUUUAUAAACUACGUUUAAAAAAACAACUUAUACCCUUUUGAUGUCGGUAAAAUAAUACACUAAAACCUUGUCCUAUGUCUAACCAUUUUCUGAAAACCACAUCAAAAUCCAAUCAACCAAUAGCGAUAUAAUCAAACACAAACAUACAUACACCGCUCGACACUGGCAGUAUAGUCGACAACUUCGUCGACUCGUUUGCCAAAGAGGAAAAAAAUAAAGGUUAAACUGAGAAACACAUUUUUUUAUUUCGGUUAAAAAUACAAAUUCUUAAAUAUACCUAAACCUCGUGAAGAGGUUUGAAUUGAUACUAGAUUCUAGUAUCUAUACUCGGAAUUUUAAUUCGAUUCUAGAUUUGACAAUUUCAGUGUUGCAACGUUAUGACAAGUACUAAAUAGUGACGUUGCGAAAUUAUUCGAUACGUAAAUGAAAUAUUCGGAUCGAUUCUUCUCGUUUAUAAUUUUACUUUCGUAAACUAAGUAUAUCAGGAAAUUAAAUAUUUCUGAACCGAUAAUUUAGUUUUGACGAUAAAUUAACGAUAUGAGACUUUUCUUUUAUAAUUGUGUGUAAAAUAAAUAAAAAAAUGUAAUCAUGAAGGAACAUGACAAAUAAAACAGAUAGAUGUAUUAUGGUAAUAAUCUAAUUUAUAAAUUGUCGCCGUCAUCGCUAUCGCUAUCCUGUCACUUUCUGUAACAUUUAUUAUAAAACACACACACUGAUUGUUUAUCGAUUUUGUGUUCAUCACUACACUAUUAUAUGUGGUAUCAUUAUUUCACGAAAUGACAGUAGCUAAUGUCAAAUCUGGAAUCGAAUUAAAAUUCUGACUAUAGUGUCAAUUUCAUCAGCAUAGUAUAGUAUGAUAUAAUUUGAAGUAGUAGUUUUGGUUAGGUAAGGUUACUCCCGAUAGUUUGUUCAUUUAAUGACAAUUAAAAGAAUUCGUGAACAAAAUUCACAUGCAAUCAGUAUUGAAAGUUAGCGACCGUAGGCGACUUGAACAUCUUAGGCACAUGUCUUAUCAACAUGCUACAAAAGUACUAGAAAUUCAUACUUAUCAUAGUGCUUUUAGAGUGCACUAUGCAAUGUAAUUUACUAUCAGCAUACCAUGUAGAUUUAUAGGUAAAAAAGUCGGUAUCAUAAUGCCUGGCGAAGUUUUCGAUCAAGUAAAGUUCAGUUGUUCCCUUAUUUUGACUGUUUACAAAACUAAUUAACAAUACAUUAUCCAUGGACGUAUUAUUAUAAUACGUCCAUGACAUUAUCCUAAAGUUUUGCCUUAGUACUUGAGAAAAAUACGUUAUUUUUGACAUUAUUGUUUUAUUCAUCAACCGGUUGUAGAUCAUUGUACCUGUGUUGAUGGUAGUAGGUGAAACGUGUGAACUUAUUAUUCAGGUGAACAAUAUUUCGGUUCCGAAAUGUAAAGUUUCUUCAAAACAAUGUAAAUUUUGUAUUUUUUUUUCUCUGCACAAAUGUGUUUGCAUUUAUUUGAAAAAAUAUCAAAAUGUUUAGUUUCCGCAAAUUAUGGUGCCAGCGAUGAAACGUGUGGAGGUUUCCCUUAAUUUUAGUAAUUUAUGUAAAUAUAAAAAUAUUGUAUGUAAUAAAUUAAAAGAUGAUUUUUAUGUCAGUUCGUUUUUUC